AUGAGUCUCUCGCGUGCUCUGCCCCUUCGCAGUGGAAGGGGUGCCUUAUUCAGAGCAUCUCCCUCGACAUGCCGUCUCACGCAACACUACGCUCUGUCUGGUCGCACGUUCUCAACUUCUGCGCAACGGGAUGCUACAUGGGGAUUCAUUGGGCUGGGCCAAAUGGGCUACAACAUGGCUAAGAACCUGCGCGCUAAGAUUCCUGAGACGGAUACCUUGAUUAUUCGAGACGUGAAUGAAGAGAACAUGUCUAGAUUCGUGAAGGAAGCAGAAGAAAUCGCUAGGAGCAGCGGCGCUGCUGACGGCGCUUCGGAGGUUCUGGUGGCUCAGACCGCGAGAGAACUUGCGGAAAAGUCGUCCGUGAUCAUCACCAGCCUUCCAGGGCCGCAGCAUGUCAAGGAUGUUUAUCACUCUAUUCUACGAGAAGGUGAACUUCCCACGCUAGAAGAAGAGCGACUGUUCAUCGAUACAUCAACGAUCGACCCUGCGUCAUCAAAGGAAAUCGCAAACGCUAUACAAACCACAUCCCAAGGGCGCUUCGUAGAUGCCCCUGUAUCGGGUGGUGUGGUGGGUGCGCGUGCUGGCACAUUGAGCUUCAUGUUCGGUGCCACUUCGCAGACUGGUCAGUUGCUUGAUCGUGUGCGAUCCGUGCUACUCAUGAUGGGAAAGAAGGCGUGGCACAUGGGCGCCCCGGGAGCCGGCGUUUCAGGCAAACUGGCGAACAAUUACAUUCUAGCGAUCAACAACAUUGCGACCGCGGAAGCAAUGAACCUUGGCAUGCGAUGGGGAUUGGACCCAAAGGCUUUGGCAGAGCUUGUCAAUUCAUCUACUGGCCGGUGUUGGCCCAUGGAAGUCAACAACCCUGUACCUGGAGUGGUUGAGACGGCACCCGCAUCUCGUGGUUACGAGGGAGGCUUCGGAGUGAGUCUUAUGAAUAAGGAUCUUCGACUGGCGAUUACUGCUGCGGAAGAGUCGCAAACACCUUUGGCGCUGGCAGAUACUGCUCAGAAGGUGUAUAAUGCUGUUGAGGAGGAACACCGUGGGAAGGACUUUUCCGUGGUGUACAAGUGGCUGAAGGAGCACUCGCAAUGA